GCAAAUACGUCAGAGAAUAGUUAACGUGAACACACUCCAAGUCUAUUACCCCAAGUUGUUCAUGCUCAGAUAUUAACAGCAUUCAAACCGAGCAACACGUGCCGAACUGAAUUGUUGCUAUCUUUAAUUAUUAUGGGCUUCUCGAUUACACUGCACCGGCGAUAAUUAACAUAAAUUACUUUUACUGUUUUAGAACAAAAAAUAUAUAUUUUCUUAAUUUUGAAAUUUAAAAAAAAUAUGGGUUUAUUAUCUUUGUAAAGUGAUCUGAUAGUUACAGUCUAGAAUAGUUUUUACAUUUUUAAAUUUUGUGUAAUCCGUUUUGAUUGUAAACAAUGGCCGAUAAAAUUGAUUCUGUGUCUAAAAAAGUGGAUGAAAACGACAAAUAUGAAGCUGAUCUGGAACAAGCUCUAUCAGUAGUUGGUAUUGGUCGUUACAACUUGAAGUAUUGCUUGAACCUGGCUCUUUUCCUCGUCGCCGUCAUUGUAGAAUCAGUGGGAUACUCGUACGUACUGCCAGCAGCACGAUGCGACCUGGACAUGUCAGAUGCUCAGCGCGGUUUUAUAUCUUCUAUUCCUUAUAUAGGUAUUGUUCUGACGUCCUUUCCCUGGGGCUACCUUGUGGACACACGCGGUAGAAAGCCGAUUCUUAUAUUAAGCUCUCUGAGUUCCGGCAUCCUGAGUAUCCUGGCUGGCUUCAUGCCGGAACUUAUCAGUUUCACAGCCUGCAAAUUUAUCGCCUCCUUAUGCAUAGCCUGCCCCGCCGCGGCGCCGUACUCGUUCAUUGGGGAGAUACUACCACAACAGUACCGAGACUUCGCACUGUCUGUCACCAAUUCCAUGCAGAUCAUGGGAUCGGCAGUAGUACCAUUGUUAGCGUGGGCGAUUCUCCCAGAAGAGUUCAGACUUAACUUUGGCACGUACGAGUUCCGAUCAUGGCGGUUGCUUUGCGUGGUGUACGCGUUAUUGCUCAUCUUGGCCGCUGGACUCUUAUCCUUCGGACCAGAAAGUCCAAAGUUCCUUGUCUCUCAAGGAAAACAUGAUGAGGCUCUAGAAGUUUUGAGGACAAUGUAUGCGGCGAAUAAAGGAAAAUCGCGUGAUGAUUUUCCGGUACGUGUCAGUUUGUUAAACAGCAACAUUUGAAUGUGUCACUGUGAGGUGACAGGUUGUAAAGAACUUUUUACAUUUUGUACAAUUCAUUAACAUUUUUUUACAAUAUUGUUGUAAUUUUUAACAAUUGUCUUUUCCAGUUAAAACAUUCAUGGGAAUAUAUAUAAUCCAAAUAAUUAAUACAGGCGGUAUUUCUACCAUUCAACAAUUGCAUUAUCUUGUUUUAGUUUUAAGUAUUAAAUAAUAUAAUAUUGCAUAUUUUAGGAUUGAGUAAAAGAUUAUUACAAAAGAAAUCAUACAAAGCCUUAGCGCAUUAUUAAUGUUGGCGAAAAGUAGGGAAAAAUAGGGAAACCAGUUCAAACACUUAGAA